AAUACUGUAAAUGCAGCUUAAAGUACAAGCAAGUUUUGUUUUAUCAUUCAAAAAUCACCUUGUCAUUCAAAGCGAACCAAAUUUUCUUUUUGGAAAAUUUAUUUGUUACCAAGCAUUUAACGUAAUUAUGGCAAAUCUAUACAUCGAAUUAAAAACCGAAUGGAGCAAACAUGCCCCAAAUUUGGCUCAUUGCUCCCAACUGCUGAAUGGUUUCAAGCUGGAGCUAGUGAAGUCUAACUUUGGAACAAUCGAAGUCUCAUCGAGUUCCAAGCAGAAGGAUGAGCUUAUCAAGUCCCGGGAGAUGUUGGAAAUUGCCGUGGAGCACAGUAUCACCAUCAGGGACUAUGCUGCCUUUGAGCGGUAUAUGGCUCAGUUAAAUACUUACUACUAUGACUACGAUAAGUACCUGGAAUCAUCGAAGCACAUGCACAAGUUCAUGGGUCUGAAUCUGCUCUAUAUGCUGGCCACCAAUCGCAUUGCUGAUUUUCACAUUGAACUAGAGCGUUUGCCGUCGGCCAUUUUGCUCCAUGAUAACUAUAUCAAACCCGUUUUGGCCUUGGAAAACUACUAUAUGGAGGGAAGAUAUAACAAGAUACUGCAAGCCAAGAAAUCUAUGCCCUCGGAGAUCUAUUCGAAUUUUAUGGACAUGCUGGUUGACACUGCUCGUGAGGAGAUUGCUUCCUGUAUGGAAAAGUCCUACCUAAAGAUGGCUCCUAAGCAGGCUGCUCAGCGUUUGGGACUGCGUGCUGGUUCCAAGGAGCUUUUGGAUCUGGCCAACAGGCGUCAAUGGUGUAUGGAUGAGGAGGGAAACUAUGACUACACUGGGCUUCAUAACAGACCAUUGGAGAAGGUAUCUGCCAAGGACAUUGCCACCCAUAAUCUAACCUAUGCCCAAGAGCUGGAGAAAAUUGUUUAAAAUUUUGUAUUCGAUUUUUGAUCAUAUUCUUCUAAAGCAGAGAAUAAUGUCCAAAGAUUUUUCAUUCAUCUAUAAAUCUGUAAAUACCGGGCAUUUCCUUUUUUAUCAUAAAAUCUAAGACUUUUCUAGUCUUUUAAAAUCAUUAUGGCAUCUAUAUUUUUCAAAUUUCAAAACUUGGUCCAUCAUUUUCUCUAAACCAUUUGAUUAUCUUAAAAUCUGUAAAUGUAAACCUCUUAAGUAAAGCAAUACCUUCCGAUCGGUAUAUUACUCGUUAUGACCGGACUAUCAUAG